CGGAGGCUUGUGAUUGGCGAGCAGGUGAAGAAGCUGAUAAGUUCUCCUCAUACAAGGGAAUCAGGAUGCCGGGCCUUCUGGAGAGCUGCGAGCGACACUUUGGUACGUCAGACCUUUACAAAGUGCUCGGGGUACGCAAGGAAGCGGGGGAAGGAGAGAUACGUCGCGGGUAUCACCGGGUGUCAUUGAAAGUGCAUCCCGACCGGGUUCAAGAUGGAGAAAAAGAAACUGCCACUGCUGAGUUCCAGAUACUUGGAAAGGUUUAUGCAGUUCUCAGUGAUAAGGAGCAGCGAGCUUUGUAUGAUGAGCAGGGAAUUGUUGAUGAAGAAACUGAUACACUGAGUCAAGAUCGCAACUGGGAAGAAUAUUGGAGGUUGCUGUUUAAAAAGAUAACUGUGGAAGAUAUAAAGGCAUAUGAAGAAAAGUACAAAGGCUCAGAAGAAGAAAAGAAUGAUAUUAUAUCCGCUUAUAUGGACUUCGAGGGAGACCUGGAUGGCAUCAUGGAGUCUGUGCCAUGUGCAGAGUUUGAAGAUGAACCAAGAAUUAGACAGAUCAUUCAGAAAGCCAUUAAAUCCAAAGAAAUUCCUUCCUAUGACACUUUUGUUAAGGAGACUAAAAAGAAACGUGAACAACGAAAGAAACGGGCUCAUGAGGAAGCAAAAGAAGCUGAAGAAAUGAAAAAGGAAAUGGGCCUUGGUGAUGAUAAUGAUGACCUUAAGGCACUGAUACAAAAAAGGCAGAGUGAUCGAAAAAAAGAAAUGGACGGUUUCUUUGAUCAGUUGGAAGCAAAAUACUGCAGUAAUUCGAAAAAAGCACCAAGCAAAUCCAAAGCACCAAAGCGAGGGAAGAAGUGAUUUUUGUCCGAUUGUGUUCCUCCGAUUGUGUCGUCAUUUUAAGGUCCAUUAAACUUCAUUAGAGAAGCCAAAAAGAAAAGUGAAAGUUUUACAAAAAGGGAUUUCUAUUUGUCCUUAGAUUGUAUCUUUAUAGUAGUUACCCAAAUGGGUUCAUAAUGUUGUGGAUCUACUGAAGAGGGCACCUGUCUCGGAAGAUUUAACAGCACUUACAAAUGAUGUAGAUGUCCUUGGAGUUCAAUUUUAAUAUUAGCUUGAACCAAUUUAAAGGGUAAACAAAACACUUUAUUUAGCAUAGCAUGUGUGGCAAAGCUAAGACUCCCUGCAUGGCCAAAGCCAUUUAGUUUAUUGUACAGACAUGAUAAAAACAAUAGGCAACAAAGAUUUUGCUUUGUGCCGUCUAAGUUUGAGUUCAAAACCCUAUUGAAAAUGAAUAACAUUUUUGAACUCUGUGUACCUAGGGUAUGAGUUUUUUUUUUUUUUUAAAGCAGGAAAAAACAGCUAUGACCCAUAAACUUAUUGUAAUGUUUCCUAAGCCUACAAUUUUGCUUGUUGCUCAUCCAAUUCCAGCAUUUCUCAGCUUUGUAGAUCCAAUAGGCACCUGUACUUCUUUUAUAACAUUCAGCUCCAUGAGCUUUACUGGUCUCUCCUUAAUAUGAAUCGGCAAAAUGUAUAUUUGUAAAUGUUGUGCUUUUUGUUGUAGAUGCACUUACCUUUUAAAUGCAAAAUCCCAACCAAUAAAAUAUUUUGUUAACUUAAA